UGGGCCUAGCCGGGAGCGUCGCUCGGUGGCGGCGGCAGCGAUGGACAGCGAAUUCUCGGACGCGGAGGCGGCCCCGGGCGGGGAGGAGAACGCGCCGGUUUAUUGCGUGUGCCGCAAGCCGGACAUCAACUGCUUCAUGAUCGGCUGCGACAACUGCAACGAGUGGUUCCAUGGGGACUGCAUCAACAUCACGGAGCGCAUGGCCAAGGCCAUCCGAGAGUGGUACUGCCGGCAGUGCCGCGAGAAGGACCCGUCCCUGGAGAUCCGGUACCGGCACAAGAAGUGGCGGGAGAAGGAGCACGAGGGGACCAAGGGGCAGGAGCUGGAGCAGGGCCGGGCUGCCAAGAUCAAGCGCUCGGCCCGGAUGUGUGGUGAGUGCGAGGCGUGCCGGCGCCCCGAGGACUGCGGGCAGUGCGAUUUCUGCCGGGACAUGAAGAAAUUCGGGGGCCCCAACAAGAUCCGCCAGAAGUGUCGCCUGCGGCAGUGCCAGCUGCGGGCACGGCUGGCCCGGGGGCGUGAGGGGGACCUGGAGCUGCUGAAGGCGCAGCUGGGGGGGCCGGGGCCCCCCGAGAGCCUCUCGGACGAGGAGCUGCCCCUCGACCCCCGGCUCUACCAGGAGCUCUGCGCCGGCGCCUUCGACGAGCACGGCCUGGUGAGCCCCCAAAAAACUGCCCUGGGACCCCCAAAAACUGCACUGGGACCCCCAAAAACUGCCCUGGGACCCCAAAAAACUGGGAGGUCACUGGUGCUAACUGGUGCUAACUGGUGCUCACUGGCGCAGAAGGAGGAGCGCUACAAGCGGCACCGGCAGCGGGCGCGGCACCGCGAGCGCCGCGGGCACCCCGAGCGCGCCGACGCCCGCGACCCCGCGGGGCUGGGCCAGUGCCUGGGCCCCGGCUGCACCCGGCCCGCUCGCCCGCCCUCCAAGUACUGCAGCGAGGCCUGCGGCAUCAAACUGGCUGCCAACUGGAUUUAUGAGAUCCUGUCCCAGUGGAUCCCAGUGAUCCCACAGCCCCCAUUAACCCUUUCCUCCCCCGAUCCCAGUCAAAUCUACCAGAUCCUUCGAUCGCCCCCCACCCCAUUGCAGUACGAGAGCCAAACGUCCUUCGGGUCCAUGUACCCCACCCGCAUCGAGGGGGCCACCCGGCUCUUCUGUGACGUUUACAACCCCCAGAGCAAAACCUACUGCAAGAGGCUGCUGGACGAGCUGUUCGAGCAGGAGCGCAACGUGCGGGCGGCCAUGACCAACCGUGCGGGGCUGCUGGCUCUGAUGCUGCACCAAACCAUCCAGCACGACCCUCUGACCACGGACCUGCGCUCGGACCGCUGACCACCAC